AUGCGCGCAGCUCGCCGCGGUCUUCACUGCGCAGGCGCCGAGGGGUAGAGGCGACGCGAACGCCUGUGGGUCACGUCUGGCUUUUCCCAGAGGCAGAAGAGGCCUGGACCUUGGCGCAGACAGACCCAGGAACAGAUGAGCAGGGACAUCUGCAUCCACGCCUGGCCAUGCACCUACUACCUGGAGCCCGAGAGGCGAUGGGUUGCUGGACAACUGUCCUUAACGUUGCCGUCACUCAGGUUCAUGACUGACAGCACUGGAGAGAUUCUGGUCAGCUUCCCCCUCUCCAGCAUAGUUGAGAUCAAGAAGGAGACUUCUCAUUUUAUCUUCAGCUCCAUCACCAUCCUGGAGAAGGGCCAUGCCAAGCACUGGUUCAGCUCCCUGCGGCCAAGUCGAAAUGUGGUCUUCAGCAUCAUUGAGCAUUUCUGGAGGGAGCUGCUGCUGUCUCAGCCUGGAGCUGUGGCAGACGUGUCUGGCCCCAGGACCCGGGGCAAGGAGCUGACGGGACUCAUGGCCGGAUCCCAGAAACGCCUGGAGGACACGGCGAGGGUCCUGCACCACCAGGGCCAGCAGCUGGACAGCGUCAUGAGAGGCCUGGACAAGAUGGAGUCAGACCUAGAGGUGGCGGACAGAUUGCUGACAGAACUGGAAUCUCCUGCUUGGUGGCCCUUUAGCUCCAAGCUUUGGAAGACGCCACCGGAAACAAAGCCUAGGGAAGGUGUCCCUGUGACCAGUUGUGAACCCUUUGGGAAAGAAAGGAUACUGAUAAAAAUUCCUGCCAUUAUUUCCCACAGAACAGAGUCUCACGUUAAGCCAGGGAGGCUCACUGUCCUUGUGUCUGGGUUGGAAAUACAUGACUCCAGUUCUUUGCUCAUGCACAGGUUUGAAAGAGAGGACGUGGAUGACAUCAAGGUCUACUCACCUUAUGAAAUUAGCAUCCGCCAGCGGUUUAUUGGAAAGCCAGACAUGGCCUAUCGUUUGAUAUCUGCCAAGAUGCCAGAGGUUAUCCCCAUUUUAGAAGUGCAAUUCAGCAAGAAGAUGGAGCUGUUAGAAGAUGCGUUGGUGCUCAGAAGCACAAGAACCUCUUCCCCCGCAGAGAAGAGCUGCUCAGUCUGGCAUGCAGCAUCUGGGCUGAUGGGCCGUACCUUGCACCAUGAGCCACCCAUAGUAGACCAGGAGGGCACAGCACUGCACCUGCAGACAAGCCUGCCAGCCCUUUCCGAGGCAGAUACCCAGGAACUAACCCAGAUCCUGAGGAGGAUGAAGGGGCUGGCCCUGGAGGCUGAGAGUGAGCUAGAGAGACAAGACGAAGCCCUGGAUGGCGUCGCAGCAGCUGUGGACAGAGCAACCUUGACCAUCGACAAGCACAACAGGCGGAUGAAGAGGCUGACCUAGGGGCAGAGUGUCCCUGCAUUCCUGUCUGUGCCUGCACAUCCCCCUGAGAUGGAGGACUGAGAGUCGGUGCCAGGGCUGCAGAGGCCUGUGGCCCUCCGGUGUGGUCUUCCUCUGGAUGGGGCUGCUACUGUGGGGCCACCUCCACACUAGGGGCCUCCAUAGGUGUGCGCUAUGCCUGCCCCCCACUCGGCUCUCCCUGUUGCCGGACAGGACCCGGCCACAUGUUCUGCAGAUGCCGCAGAAGUGUGGACCAUGGCGGGACCCCAAGGACACUUGGCACAGGCCUGGAAGAGGCCAAUGUGCCGCCCUCGUCUUGUCUUGGCUUCCUUUCAUGGACAGACUGGCCUUCUUAGCUGUACUAUGAAUUUGUGAGUGAAGUUAGAACCCAGCUCACUGAGCCACCUCACUUUGAGGGCAUCCUAUAAACACCCAACUGUUCUUUUAUUGUCUCGGUUUUAGCCAAAAGUGAAAUUAGCAUGACUGCACCUUUCAAACAGAAAUACUGAUUUCUGCUUUUAUGGCCCCAUUUCCAUCCAGAAAUAAAGGGAAAUGCUGGCUU